AGUACCGGCUGCGGUGAUUCAGAUUCUUACUUGUGCCUUGGGCUUUCUCAACUCAUAUCUCUCUCUCUCUUUCUCUCUCUCUCUAUAGGGGUUUCCGCAGACGGAUCGGAGCAGAGAAGUCGAGACCUUACGGCCGAAGAUCGAGCACAAUCGCUACAAUGAAGAUUUUCGUCAAAACCUUGAAAGGCAGUCACUUUGAAAUUGAAGUGAAACCUCAAGAUACGGUUGUUGAUGUCAAGAAAAACAUUGAAUCUGUUCAAGGGGCAGAUGUGUAUCCUGCUCCACAACUGAUGCUUAUUCAUCAAGGGAAGGUUCUGAAAGAUGGCACAACAUUGGAAGAAAACAACGUUGCUGAAAAUAGUUUUGUUGUCAUCAUGUUAACGAAGAAUAAGAGCUCAUCUGGUGAAGGUUCAACCACAUCGACUGCACCUACAACUAAGGCACCACAGACAAGUGCCCCACCUCCUACUACAGCCAUUCAAGCUCCUGCAGUGACCUCAGCAGCCCCUGCGUCUGUCCCCUCACCUGCACCAGCUCCAGUUCCAGCUUCUGACUCUUCAGUUAUUGCUGCGUCAGAGUCUGGUGUUUAUGAUCAAGCAGCAUCUAACCUGGUUGCUGGUAGUAAUCUUGAGGGAACAAUUCAGCAAAUUCUUGAUAUGGGUGGAGGGAUUUGGGAUAGGGAUACUGUUGUUCGUGCUCUUCGAGCUGCUUUCAACAACCCAGAGAGAGCUGUUGAAUAUUUAUAUUCUGGUAUACCCGAGCAAGCUGAAGUUCCACCUGUGGCCCGAGCCCCAGCAACUGGACUCGCUGCAAAUCCUGCAGCUCAGCCUCCACAACCAGCACAACCAGCACCAGUUCCUGCAAGUGGACCCAACGCUAAUCCGUUGGAUCUCUUUCCCCAGGGUCUACCAAACAUGGGUUCAAAUGCUGCUGGCGCAGGCACACUCGAUUUUCUACGCAACAGUCAACAGUUCCAAGCCCUGCGAGCUAUGGUCCAGGCUAAUCCACAAAUCUUGCAGCCCAUGCUUCAGGAGCUGGGGAAGCAAAACCCUCACCUGAUGAGGCUUAUUCAGGAGCACCAGGCUGAUUUCCUUCGUCUGAUCAAUGAACCUGUUGAAGGUGGAGAAGGGAACAUACUGGGGCAGCUUUCUGCAGCAAUGCCACAGGCUGUAACAGUUACUCCCGAGGAGCGAGAAGCCAUAGAACGGCUCGAAGCAAUGGGUUUUGAUCGGGCAAUUGUACUGGAGGUGUUCUUUGCCUGCAACAAGAAUGAGGAGCUGGCUGCCAAUUACCUUUUGGAUCACAUGCAUGAAUUUGAAGACUGAUCGGGCAAUUAUCUUUCUUCUCCAUAGUUCUUCUCACUUGUUAUCUAUUUUCUUUUUUCUUUUUUCUUUUUCUUUUGUUGGCUUACUCUUUUCUGAAUUCAUAUACUUCAUCCCCAACCCUAGAUUUGAGUUUUAUAAUGUUAGUACUGGAGAGGACUUGAUUGUCAAUAUGUGUAACUACUGUCAUGCUUCCCUACUUGUCUUCCUCAGUACCUACCCUCCCUUGUCAGGAUCUAUUACAGUUUCUAUACAUAGUAGGCUUGUUGGCCUGUUUAAUUGUGCAAUA